AUGGAGCAGCAAUCCCGAGAAAGUCCAGCGCCAUCUCGUUCCGGCGACGCGCCAAAUCUCUGUUUAAUCAAACUCGACCUGCCCGGGCCUAAACCUGGGCCUUUUCCCUCGCUCGUUCCCCGUGCUGAAGCGAACUUGCACAGUCGACGCCCCGCCCCACUCGGCCGUUUCUUCGUUUCUGUCCGUAUCACCAAACAUUUUCUGCAGCGAAGGCAUACUGCGGCAUGCCACUGUGUCUUACAUCAGGUUUCCACUGCGUCAAGGAAUGGAUAUCAAGAUGUGCUCGGCACAAAACCGACGUUGGCUACCGUACGUCUGGGAGCCACCGAGCCAGGCACAGAGUGUCAAUAA